GCCGCGAAUUGACUAACUUGUUUUUUUUUUUUUGCUCUCUAUGAUUCCAUAGCUCUAACCUCUGACCCCAGGCUUCCGUCUUCCUCUUUUUCGGCCGCCAUAGUGGUGACAGGGCUGCAAGGGUCCACCAUGGUGAGUGAAUCCGAUGCCAUCCUCUGCGAUAGUGCUGUGUUUGGGGUCGGUGUGCGCUCCAUGGUGUGGGUGACAUACUAAGGUACCCCGGUGUGUCGGUAUUGAGGGGAUAAUCGCAGGAUGAGCUCUGUUAGACGGGUUAUUGUGGGUCCCUAUUAGGAUGCUGCCCCUCUCUAUGGAUGUCUAUGGUGUUGAUGGUUCUCAGUGAUUUUGCUGAGCUGCCUCUAUUCCCAAUGGCAGCCAUGGUACUACAGUUCAUGUCUGACAGAUACACCAGAAUGAAAGCAAUGUUGUCCAAGUGUAAGUCUCCAUAUUUACCUUUAAUACAGGUGAAUUCUACACCGCCAUUAAAGGCUGUCUGACCCACACCUCUCAAGCAAUUUGGGGUUAAGUGAACACAGUUUAAAUAAAAUCCUUGCUGUGUUAAUGACUGUAGAUUUUUGUACAAUGCCUGUUUUAAUAUAUUGGUCUAAAAAAUUCUGCAGAUUACGUAAUGCCUGCAUAUAACAACCCUUGAUUUCAUGAGUAAUUGCCAGGCUUAAAAUGGUUUUGUUUUUUUAAUUUUUUUUUUUUUGUGGGGUCCUGGGGUUAAUUUGUUUUGCUUGGGUCUAACUAUAUACUGUAUAUUUUUAAUUCUUAGAAAUUUGACUAAAGUUCUAUUAUUCGUCAGAUUGGGUGAAGGCAGUUCAGUUACUCUAUUAUUUUAUAGCGUAAACCUAUUCUGCAGCAGCACUUUACAGUUAGAGAAAGGGAUAAGGAAGCCCUGUUCAUAUGAGCUUACAAUCUGUGAUAGGCAGACAUGUAUUAGGACACUUAUUGGUGAGGUGGUCUGGCUGGGAUUUGAACAUGAGUUUGAGUGAUGUAACCACUGCUCUAACUAGAAUAUACACUUUAAAAGCGCGUUCCAAGCACUAUAACAAUCCCUCCUUGCCAUCACUACAGGACAGCAAGAAACUCCUGUGUAGUAGCUUGUUAGCGCUCCUAAACUUAGUUCUGCAGUUUUGGUUGAUCACGGCUAAUGAAUUAAGCCCAGCACUGCCUGCCUUAGCUCGGUGUAGUGAGCUUCCAGGUCUGAGUUGUAGUGGAGGUGUGAAACGGUCCUAAAAUGGUUUGAGUGUUGUGGCGCCCCUUGCACCAUCACCACUAUGUGCUGUAGUGGUUAUGGUGCUUGGAGUGUUACUUCUACUGUGUAUGCACAUUACCGUGUCAUAUGCUAAAUAAUUGCUAACUCCAUUUGUUUUUAAUGUUGCAGUCGUCCCACAAGACUUUCAAGAUUAAGAAAUUUCUUGCCAAGAAGCAAAAACAAAACAGACCAAUUCCACAGUGGAUUAGAAUGAAAACUGGUAACAAGAUCAGGUAUGCUAUAACAAUUGUCAUUAUCAUUGUAGAAUUGUUUUGUCACUGAAGCCAUGUUUUAUCUAGUUGGUUGUGAACUGCUGUGUCUUAAGUUACAAAUGCACAUGCACUCAUCCUUGACAGUUUACAUUUGCUUGCCCUUUAGGAAAAGUGUAAAAUACAGUAUAAUUGCGGUCACUGAUCAUAACAGUAAAUGUAGACAUAGGAGUGAUCUGUAAUUAGUUUUGCAAUAUAAAAUUUCAUUUACGCUGGCCGUUUGGAAUUUGAUGCUAGAAAAUCGGUUAGACCGUGUUUAGGGUUUUACAUGGCCAAUAUAUAAACCUGGCCACUUGCUAUUUACUCUCAGUGCCUUGCGCGUAAAGGGACACUAUAGUCCCCAAACAAUUUUGGCUUAAUGAAGCAGUUUUGGUGUAUAGAUCAUGUCUCUGAAGUUACACGACUCAAUUAACCGCCAUUUAGGAGUUCAAUUACUCCUGUUUCUGUCUAUUCAGUCCUGGCCACAUCUCCCAUGGCUGUGUCACACAGCAUGCAUGAAAAAAACUGUUCACUUUCAAUCAGAUGUAACUUACUUUAAAUGUUUUUAUCUCCUGCUCUAUAGAUUUAAAAUUUUAGGGUUCUGCAAUCUAUUAAAGGGAAACUCCAGUGCCAGGAAAACAAUCCUGGCACUGCAAGUCCCCUCCCACCCCCCAAUCCCCGGUUGCUGAAGGGUCGAAAACCCCUUCAGUCACUUACCAGAAGCAGCUGCUUCUUCCUCCAUGUCGCACCUCCCGUUGAUUGCGUCAGCUGGGGGCAAUGCCGCACAUGCGCAUUAGCGCUCCCCAUAGGAAAGCAUUGAAAAUGCUUUCCUAUGGGGAAAUGAGCGACGCUGGAGGUCCUCACACAGCGUGAGGACGUCCGGCGACGCUCUAGCACAGGUUUCCUGUGCUAGAAACCAGGAAGUGCCCUCUAGUGGCUGUCUAUUAGACAUCCUCUAGAGGUGGAGUUAACACUGCAAGGUAAUUAUUGCCGUUUAUAAAAAAAAAAAAAACUGCAAUAAUUACACUUGUAGGGUUAAGAGUAGUGGGAGUUGGCACCCUUACCACGCCAAUGGGCAGAUGUGGUCUGGGUGCCUGGAGUGUCCCUUUAACAGUGCAAAAGAUAAGAACUAUAUUAUACAGAAUUUGCAAUAAAGAAAGUAUAAACAUUAGGUGACUCUUUACAGGAAUUGUUUAGGAUGACUGAGCAAGUCACAUGCAGGAAGGUGUGACUAGGGUGCAUAAGCAAAGAUAUUUAACUCCUAAAUGGUAGAGAAUUGAGCAGUGAGACUGCAGGGGCGCAUGAUCUAUACACCAAAACGGUUUCAUUAGACUGUAAGCUCGUUUGAGCAGGGUCCUCUUCAACCUAUCAUUCCUGUAAGUUGGCCCCAGUAAUAUUGUACAGCGCUACGGAAUCUGUUGGCGUUAUAUAAAUGGCAAUAAUAAUAAUUAAGCUAAAGUUGUUUUUGUGACUAUAGUUUUUUUUAAGGGCGUUUUAGAUGUUGCUCAACUACAACUCCUAUGAUUCUAUGAAUGAAAUGGGUAGGCUGAGGAUCAUUGGAGUUGUAGUUCAGCAACAUCUGGAGGGCCGGAGUUCUGGGAACCCUGCUCUAAAACAAUAUAUGGCUUGGUGUAGUUCUUGUGUUGUGUGAUUCUCUGCAGAGUCCCUCUGUUUUAUACCUUAGUUUAGAUGCAGUUUGUAUAAACUGCCCAGGGUCUCUAGGCAACAUAACCGCUACAAUGAGCUUUAGUAGACAUGUUGCUUUGAUUGCACCUUUUAGCUUUUUUUUAAAUUGCAGAAACUGUUGCAAUAUUACUUGUAAUCCAAAUUCACUCUCAUUUGACAUUCUGAUAAUGCUAAAUGUUUUCUUAGUAAUGGGGUACUAGGGUAGUAUCUGGUGUCUCUGCCAUUCCUUUUCUGUAUUGUGUAAUAAAGCAGGUUGCAAUUGCAGUACUUCAUUCUGUGGGAGUGCUGUCAUUAGUCCUGCUGAGAGUAAUGAUGCCUGCCCAAACAGAUUUGAUUUCCCCUUCACUGUAGGAGAAAUCUCAUGCUGGCAUCAACAGUGGUUGAUUUUAGGCUGUGAUGUUUUUAGAUGUGAUUUAUACUUUACUAUGAAUGUGUGUGAAUUUUUGUAAUUUAUUUUUUAGUCUUUGUAAGUUUUAGUCAGAGCAGCUCUAUAAAUUGUCGUGCUUUGUACAGUAUCUCAAAUUCUUGGCUUAAAAAAACCCCCAAAAUUCUAAGACCCCAUCAUACGCACAAUGUUUCAUCUGGUGUGUAAAGAUUUUUUUUCCCCCACUUUUUUUUUUGUGUGUGUGUGGUUGGCAUGGGACUUUAAAAAAAACAAACAAACACUUACAGAGAACCUAUAGCCAUGGAAAUAACAAUUAUUUUGGGUCUAUGGGUUUCCCUUUGUUCACCCCUUUUUUUUAUAAAAUAAAAUUUAAUGAAUAACGGCUCUCCUCUUUCAGUGCUGAGUCCCCUCCGCUGCAGCCUCCAGCUCCUCAUCGGUUGAUGUCUGCAUCCAAGCUGAUUUCACCCACAAUUUUCUCCAAUCCAUUGCUUCUCCUAGAAAAGCAAUGGAUUUUAGGUCCUACGUGCAGCUUACAGCUGCACUACUCUAAUUAAAUGCUAUCAGCAGCAUUUGAUUCUCAGAGUUUUACUAGGUCUGGAGAAAAAAAAAUCGUAAACUUUAAUUUUAGGGUUAAAAUGACAGGACCACUACAUUUAGAUGAAGUAAUCUGGGUGACUAGUGUUCCUUUCAUGUUACUGUGCAUGAGAACAAACACUGGCCUUGAUUUCAUGUCACCUUGGUGCAGCAUUUCUGUGGGGAAUUCAGUCCCUGUGUAGUGAUUUAAUCAGAUCUUUUGAUUUUAGAAACCUAACAUUUUGCAGUUUAGUGCAUAUUUAGUAUUUGUUUAGUUACACACAUACAGCAGAUGAAACUGGUGCUAUGUUGAUUGUCCUGCAAAAUGCUUAUUUUGAUUUAAUCCUUUGUCAGUAAGGAAUUUUUUUUUUUCUUCAUUUUUCAUAUAAGCAAAAGUGCAAGUUGCGACUAUAGCUGUGUGUAUCUUGAGAUUGUUUUACACUCAUCUAUUUUAAUCAAUAGGAAGUUUCCUCUGUCAGAUAUAUUAGUGAAGUUAAAGGAAUUCUAUAGCGCCAGGAAAACACGUACACUUUCAUAAUUUUGCUCUUUUUAUGUAUCAGUUUUGCAUAUAAAUAAUUAUCUUCCUCUUUAUAUAGGUACAAUUCCAAGAGAAGACACUGGAGAAGAACCAAGCUCGGCUUGUAAAAAUAUUGUCGUGUGGAUGGCAGACCAAACACCCCCAUGUAUUCUCCUUGAACCUGAUCACCUUGUUAUAUAAUAUUGUCAUCAUUAUAUAGCAGCAUCUGCUGAUUCUAUUUGGAAAUAAAAUGUAAAACACUUUCAUUAAGUUCUGAUUGUUUCAUUUAGAACUCUGCAUAAAUAUUUGGAUUUUUGUUUUAA